UUACGUAAAAACAACAUGGCCGCCGCCAGUGUCCGAGCGCUCUGUAAGGUCGGCCGGUCUUUUCUGCAGACUCCAGCCGUCACACGGUCCGGUACCGUCUCCUAUCUGCUGGGCAAUGUCAGCGGACACGGGUCUAGGAGGGCUUACGCCACCGGCGGCCCGGGGUUCCGGUCCAAACUGCUCUCUGCUCUGCGGGCAGGAGACGGCAGGGCGCUGGGCAGCGCCUUUCUGCUCGGCGGAGGUCUGGUAUUAUACCAAACCAUGAAUCUGUCCGCGCAGGAGCAACACCUGGCUGAGGAGGAUAGAAACGUGAGCCAGGACCCGGUGGACCAGGUCUCAGGACCAGGUUUAAAGCUGACCAUGUACCAGUACAAAACCUGCCCGUUCUGCAGCAAGGUGCGGGCCUUCUUGGAUUACUACGGUCUGCCGUACGAGAUCGUGGAGGUGAACCCGGUGAUGAGGCAGGAAAUCAAGUGGUCGUCUUACAGAAAGGUUCCCAUCCUGAUGGUCGGAGGAGAACUGCAACUCAACGACUCGUCCGUCAUCAUCAGCGCCAUCAGGACUUUUAUGAUCAACAAGGAGAAAAGCAUGACUGACAUCAUCCGCUGCUACCCGGAGCUGAAAUACGUGAACGAAAAGGGUAAAGAAGUGACGGAGUACAGCAACAAGUACUGGCUGAUGCUGAGCGAGGAUGAAACUGGCGUGAUUUACCCCGAGAAGGGAACGCAGAAAGAGGAGAUGAAGUGGCGUCAGUGGGCCGACGAUUGGCUUGUGCACCUAAUAUCUCCAAAUGUGUACCGGACCACCGGCGAGGCCCUGGCCUCCUUCGACUACAUCGUGCGUGAGGGCAAGUUUGGUAGCGUCGAGGGCUUCUUCGCCAAAUACGUAGGAGCUGCAGCCAUGUAUGUAAUAUCAAAGAGACUGAAGAGCCGACACAACCUGCAGGACGACGUCAGGCAGGAUCUCUACAAGGCCGUCAACGAUUGGGUGGCAGCCAUCGGCAAGAACAGGAAGUUCAUGGGCGGCAAUCAGCCCAACCUGGCGGACCUGGCGGUGUUUGGAGUCCUCAGGGUGAUGGAAGGCCUGCAGGCGUUCGACGACAUGAUGAGGAACACCAAAGUUAAACACUGGUACACGCGCAUGCAGACGGCCACGCUCAACCACGAGGGGCGACCGCAGAGCAAACUCUGAGCUCCAGACGGACCGUGACCCGCACGGGGAAACCAGAUCCGCUUCGUUUGUAAGGAUAAAAACAGCUCACGGCCAGUCGGGUCGACUUCCUGCGAGACGAACGAGUUAAACCAUCGGAGAAGUGACAGAACUGAGCUGUGGGAAAACUUUUAGGUUGCUUCAGCGACAUCUACUGGUGAACAAGAAGAACUGCAUCCAGAAAUCACAAGUUUUCUGCUAAUUUAAGUCUAAUUAAAUAGUAUUGCUUUUACUUCUUCAAUAAGAAUUAAAGAAGUAAUUUAAACUUUUUUUUCUGUGUCCAAAAUGUUGUUUAAAUUAGACACUUUCAGCAUCUUGUAAGAGAGGAAACUUGAUGUAUUUUAGUAAUUUUGGCUAAUUUAAACUUGUUUAUAGAAAAAUAUGUAAUGUACAUAUUUUAUUUUCAUUUGUCUUAAAAACAUGGUUAUUCUUUCCCUCCUCAAUACAAAUGUUGGUUAAAACAGCUUAAAAAUAGUUAAUUUUUGGCCACUAUAACAGCUAUAUGAUGUAAGGACAGUAAAACUGAAAACCAAAAGCUAAAAUUGUCUUCGAGGUUCAUUUUAAGGGCGUUAAAUCAGCAGAAGAUAAACGUCUCAUGUAGAUUUCUCUAGUUUUCGUGCUGAAACCUUAAGAUUUGUAUUUAUUGUUUGUUUCUUGUAACUGAUUCAGGAUCAGUUGAGCGAUAAGGCUGGGAUUCUCUGAGGACUGUCAGAAUGCACUUCUUCAAUGUGUAAUCUGUUUACUGCACAUUAAUGGAAUUAACUGUAUCGAAACAACUUAUGUAAAGUAAAAUAACAUUUAAAAAACAAA